ACGAAGUGAUCGAUAGGAACGUCAAUCGUCCGGAAGAAGGAAGAAAAAGUAAAAAAAAAAAGGGGGGAACGCUAGGAAAGAUAAAAAAAAAGUUGAAAGAGUAAAAGUAGUAGAAGAGGAAAGGAGAAGAAGGGAAAGAAAAAUAAAAUGACGGUGACACGAGUAAGGAAUGGCUCGUUUUUUCCUCUUUGUCUUCUUUUUUUACCCUUUUGCAACAAUGCCAAGCCGAGUGAAUGUGGCUUUUAAAGUUUUUGCUCCCGCGCCACAUCCUAAAAAUGCAAACCAAUCCUCAUCAUUGCUUUUCAAUCUACGACAUCCCACGGCAAUGCAUCUUUUCAGUCGGGGGUGGCAAAGCAAUCAGCAGUGGAAUUCGGGCGGGGCUUUUUCUUUUUUUUUUUUUUUGCUCACAGCUCAACCAAAAAGAAAAAGACUCUGGACUCAAUCCACGGCAUCCAAUCCCGAAUCAAAAGUGUCGGCUAUUGAAAUGAAAAAUGAAAAGCGGAAGUUCCUCGUGGCGCGGAUGAUAUGGGCCAAAUCGGACUUGUUCUUCAUCCUUGAUUGAGCUUGAUGGGAAAAAAGAUAUAUAUAUGUAUAUAAAGAUGAAUAUCAAGGGCAGAAAUCAGGAGUAAGGGAAAAUGGAAGGAACCAAAAGUCAAUCGAGAUUGGUUCGU